AUGGCUGUCAAAGUUGGAAAUGUCUCUCAAGAAGUUGAAAAAAACGAAGAUGUUGUUGCUGAAAUUGUAAGUUUAGAAUUUUAAGUUUAUGUAGAUAGUUAUUGAUUUUUGUUUCAGAAGCAACCACAGAUUGUGAUAACUUUCAAACAAAUCGUUCUCUGUAUAAUGAUUAUUCACACGGGGCUCUAUGCUGGUUUGAUUUUCCAAGUCGGAUUCGGCUGGAAUCUAUUGGCUCUGACAAUUAUCCAACUCGCAUGCACAAUUGCGGUCUACUUCAAUUGCUGGGAGAUUAUGCUCGGAUAUCUGAUUAAACAUGCUUACUAUCAAAUACGCGUUUUCUUGGAGUUUGCUCCGGUAAAGAAUUGGUUCCUGGAAAGUAAGAGAUCAGAAUUGCUAGCUGUCAUUGUGGCUGAACUUUUGCUCACUCUCUACUUUUUCCUUUUCGCAAAACAAACUUGGUUCGCUUUCAAAGUUUGGAGACAAAAGGUGGAACGAGAAGAAUAUCGAGAAAGGAAAGGAGUCGGAAAAAUUAAAUGUUGUUUGAACGAUUUGAAUAAAUUACUUUGUUUUCGUUGUUUUUUUGUGAAGUUACAGGAAAUUAAUCCAUUUUUGAAUGAUUGUAACAACAAUUCUGGCCCGUUAAUUAAUAAUCUUGGAAAAAAUAUUACGAGAUUACGGUAGCAAAUUUGGUUAAAGAACAUGGUGAUCGGAAUCGUUGGCUCUGUUUUUGUCGUGAAAAAUAGGGCGUGAAAAAUAACAGGUGCGCUGAUCGAUAAUCUAUAUUGUGGGCGUUCCUCCCACCAAGCCAAGCCCUUUUUAUUCAUUCACAAAGUUAUUCAUAAAUCUGUUAGUGAGUCCUUUCGAGAUGACUGUCAAAGUUGGAAAUUUUUCUCAAACAAUUGAGAAAAAUGGAGAUGCUGUUGCUGAUUCUGAAACUGUGAGUUUUUUUCAAGAUUUUGAUUAUUCUCAUAUGAAUUUUUUUGUUUCAGAAAGAUCCAGAGAUUGUGGUAACUUUCAAAGAGAUUAUUCUUUUUAUAAUGAGUUUACACGCCGGGAUCUAUGUUGGCACAUUGAUCUGCUACGGAUUCAACUGGAAUUUAUUGCAGUGGACAUUUAUUCAAAUCACAUGCACACUUGCCUUCUAUAUCAAUUUCUGGGAACUCAUGCUUUUAUAUCUGAUCAAACAGGGAUACUACCAAAUCCUCUUCUUGAUAGCAUUUCAUGAAAAAAAACGAAGUAAUGAAUUAGUAACGUUCAUUGCCGUCGCGGCUGAACUUUUGUUCAUUAUUUACUUUUCCAUUUCCGCGCAACAAACUUGGGUUGCUUACAAAUUCCGGAGACAGGAGAGAAACAAGAAGAAAAUCGAGAAAGAAAUCGAAUCGAAAGUAUUAAAUGUUGUUUGA